AAUUUUGUUGUGAAAAUGAAUUCGCGUCGACGUCAUCGCGAGGACAGCCCGGAGGAGCCGGUGCCAACCAAGUGCCCAAGGCGCCCGGACCACAAUGAGGUGAUGGCCACCAUUGAGAAUCUGAUGAUAAAGCUGAGUGACUACAACAUCGCCACGGUGCAGGGACGCAUCGAGGACCUGAGCUACUAUGUGACGGAUACGCUUCACAUCUACAAAUGGGACAUACUGCGGUCUCUGGUUGACUGCGUCGAAAAGUAUCCGAUGCAGAGCGGCGCCUAUGCCACCUUUGUGGGGCUGGUCAAUGUGCAGGACUACGAGUUUGGCAGCGAGUGCCUCAAGUGCGUGACGCAGCAUCUGAUGAAGGCGCUCUACGAGGGCGAGUGGCUGAAGGCGCAGAGCCUGGUGCUGCUGCUGGCCGACCUGGUCAAUACGAAUGUGUUGACCAUUGGCUCGAUGCUGCAGCUGCUCAACUCCUUUGUCGAUGUCUGCGAGGAGGAGGAUGCGUCCCAAAGGCGUCGCGAUUUCUACGCCCACCUGGUGCUCGGUUCAUUGCCGCUCAUGGGACGCGAGCUGUAUGAGAAGAAGGAGACUGCGCUGCAGACGCUGCUCAAGCGUCUCAAGCACUACAUCAAGAAGCAGCGCAGCUCCGGGGAGAGUACGCGCUUGCUGCGUAUCUUUAACAGCUGUGCCGAUGUGCCUCAGCACGAUUAUCUGGAGCUGUUGUGGCUGCAGAUCAUGCGCCUGAUGCACGACAAAUGGAUCGAGAAGGAGCUGCUGCGGCCCUAUGCUGCCUUUGACAGCAAGCUGAGCACCGCCCUGCAGCAUCAUCUGCCACCAUUUCAGCCGCCGUGCUACGAGGACGACUCGGCGGACUAUCCGCAUCCCUGGAUAGUCUUUCGCCUCUUCGAGGUCACCGACUUUCCGCCGCACAUGCGCAUGCCGGACGAAAUGGACAUUGGACGGCACACCAUUGAAGCGCACAUCAUGGAGACGGUGCGACUGCACCACCUGGAGCGCAAGAUCUGCGCCGAACGCCUGCUGGCGUAUUGCUUGGCCAAGCCCACGCUGCCCACGGAGCACUGCAUCAUCGAGGUGCUGCUGGGGCAGAUGCUGCAGCUGCCCAGCUCCCCGCUGCUGACCAUCAACUACGGCGCUCUCGUCAUUGAGCUCUGCAAAUUGGUGCCCGACAAGUUUCCACGCAUUGUUGCCCAGGCCGCCGACAUGCUCUACACGCAGCUGGAGUACAUGAAUCCGUCCAGCUUCGAUCGCUUUGUCAAUUGGUUCUCGCACCACUUGAGCAACUUUCGCUAUCAAUGGAACUGGCAGGAUUGGGAGAACAGCAUCGCCUUGCCCGAAUUUCAUCCCACCCGUCUGUUUGUACGCGAGCUCCUCAAGAAGUGUAUGCGGCUCAGCUAUCACCAGCACAUUGUGCGAUUGGUGCCGACUUCGUAUGGGCCGCUGCUGCCUCCAUCGCCGGAUCCGAAUUUCAAGUAUAUCGAUGGGCUGCUGCCUGGAGCGAAUUUGGCCAAGCAUCUGCUGGAAGCAAUACGCUCCAAGUGUGCGCCGGAGCUGGUGGGCGGCCUGAUGGAGGCCACCACAGAGCUGAACGAUGGGCUGAAGAUCAAUGUGCUGAUGCAGACCCUUUUGCACUUGGGCUGCAAGUCCUUUACGCAUAUCUUUUCUCUGCUUGGCAAAUUUCAGCCAGUGCUGAAGGUGCUGGCCAACAGCGAUGCCAAUCAGCUGGCCAUGAUGCAGGCUUUGUUUGAGGUCUGGUCGAACAACGAGCACGUCAAGCUGGUGGUCACCGACAAAUUGCUGAAAAUGCAUAUUGUGAGCAACCACGCUGUGGUGGCCUGGGUGUUCGAUUCCUCGCUCAAGUCGGAGCUGGUCAAAAUGUAUUUGUGGGAGCUGCUGAACCUCACCGUCAGAUACACCAAAUACCAUAUGCGUGAGGCCGAGGACAAUCAGAGCAUAGACUUGAAUGCUCUGCUCCUGAAGAUCGUGCAGACUUGUGUAAAGGAUCUGAUGGAUCAUCGCAAGUCGGAGCAGAGUUCGCAGGUUGAUUACUGGUUCCAGUGGAUCCAAGGACGCCUGCUGCAGCUGCUCUUCAAUUAUAUCGAAGAUGUGCGCAAAAUCAGCAGCAAAUUGCGUGAAAUUGCUUUCGAAGCGGAGGAGGCCAAGAGUUUGUCCAGUAUGAUCAACGACUACCUAAACUAUAUACAAUAGACUAGAGGACAAUUGCUAUGUAU